AAGACCGUUGCCACCAUCCCAGUGAGGGUGUUGGUGAGAGCUGUGUACAGCAAGUACAGCAUCGAGCCUGCCUCGCCCAUCGACUUUGGUGCCAUGGUUAAGGGCACCAAGAAGCGCCAGGUCUUAAUUGUAGAGAACAAAGGCGCCCUCAACUUCAAAUUCCUCAUCCACCAAGCACCUCCACUGCAAAGUUCACAGCAAGAGGAAUCUGCUCCCUCGGUCAGGGAAAGAAAACGCUCCACACAGGCUCAGCUCACUGCAGGCGUGUUCAUGGUGUCCCCUUGCUCCGGCUCCGUCGGUCCUGGGGGCCAGCAGAAGAUCACAGUGGAUUGCAGCCCAGGAGCAGAGGGGAAAUGCGAGGAGCAGCUGUACAUUGACAUCAGCAACAGAGACCCCAAGGACAAUCCCCUCGGCAUUCCCUUUACCCUGACUGCCGAGUCCUGCCUCCCAGCGCUUGUUGAAGAUGCCACGUCCAUCUUUGAGCAGUACCCGAUCCACAGCAACGUCAAUCUCCGCCAGACGUUACAGUCGGUGCAAGGCAACGGUGUGUUCAUCAGAGAUGAUAACAAAUUCAUCUUCACCAAAGUUCAGGUUGGGCAACGGGCCACGGCUCGCUUCAAGAUCUCUAAUGGCAGCAGUGUCCCAUGUGACGUUGUGCUCUCCAUCAAAGCCUUGCCUGGAGAGCCUCACAGCCUCAUCAGCAACAUCUUCAAGUUGGAUCCUGUUGAGAUGAGCAUUCCUGGCUUAUCCCACGCUUUUGCUACAGUGACCUUCACUCCAGAACAAAAGGAGGACUACCAGUGCACUUUCACAGCUUCCCUUGUUAGCCCAAAAAGCAGCUCCGUGAAGAUGAAACCCCAAGAGCUGACCUUCACUGUCAGUGGAGAGGGGCACGUGCCUCAGGUGACAGUCGAGUGCCCGGGCCUUCGGAGUAAGAGAGGAACCCCUGUGCUGCGCUUCAGGAGGCUCCUGCUGGGGGAUUCACAGACACUCCCCCUGGUCCUUUGUAACAAUGGCAUCAUACCCACAAAGUUUACAGUUCAUAUCAUGGAUGACCAGGGAGUUUUCUUCCUGAAAAGCACGCAGUCCGCACUCCGUGCCUUCCACACUGCAGACAUGGAAAAGGACUCCACUGGAAAAGGUAAAUUCAUUAACUGUGCAGCGUGA